AUGGUAUUUGCUUUCAUCCAACGGCUUUGGGCUACCGCGAGUUCGCCUGCCCCGGAGAAGAAGGACGACGCGCUGCGAUUCGGAUUGGUGGGCGCAUCAAACAUUGCUCCCAUGGCAUUGAUCCAUCCUGCCAAGUCGCAUGCUGAGGUUGUCAUCGCCGCUGUAGCAGCCCGCGAUCGCAAGAAAGCGGAGACCUAUGCUAAAAAGUAUUCAAUUCCAACCGUGCAUGACAGUUAUCAAGACAUACUGGACGACCCUUCCAUUUCCGCCGUCUACAUCGCCCUCCCCAACUCUCACCACUACGAAUGGGCUCUCAAAGCCGUCAAAGCCGGAAAACAUGUCCUUCUCGAGAAACCAUCCACAUCGAACGCUGACGAAGCGCGUCGCCUCUUCCGACACCCACUGGUAACGGCAGCAGACGCGCCUGUCCUGCUCGAGGCCUUCCACAACAAAUUCCACCCAGCGUUCCAGAAAUUUCUCUCAUUGAUCCACACCGAUCCUCGCGCUGGCCCGGUUAAGAAUGCUUACGUUCAACAAUAUCUUUUCAAGGGAUAUUUUGGUGCUGACGACAUUCGCUUUAACUACAAGCUGGCAGGAGGAUGCCUGAUGGACUUCGGGACAUACACUGUCUCUGCACUGCGACAGAUUCUACGGUCACGACUCGACCCGGUCGAUGUGACGUAUCGACCAAUUCCGCCCACGAAGAAGGAUGUCGGCGAUCAGUCGAAGGUCGAUCAGAUGGUUGGUGCGACGUAUAAAGCAGCAGAUGGUGGUGCGAUAGGAACGAUGGUUGCGGAUCUUGCGUCCUCUGGUGGAUUCCCUGCGUUCUUGCCGGCGUCCUGGACGAUGAAUUGGCCGAGUUUCGGGUGGCCGAAAGCCGUGGUGGAGUGUGCGAAGAAAGAACUUCCCAGCACCGAUUCUCGCUACAAGGCGACAGACGAACAAAUACAGACCGUUCAGCGGAAUGUGACGAUGUGGAAUACUUUGGCACUGAUGAAUAUAUACCAUCGAAUUGAUGUGGCGGAUACGCUUGAACUGCGCAAAAAGACCGAUGGAUCGCUCGUGAAGCGUUGGACCGAAGAAAAACACUACAAGAUAUAUAAGUAUCGAGAUGACGUGGAUGCACCGGAGGAGGUGAGAAAUCGAUCAGGAGAAGACUGGUGGCCGACGUAUCGAUAUAUGCUGGAGGAAUUUGUGAAUAAAGUCAAAGGGAGACCGACGAGCGUCUGGGUCGAUCAUGAGGAUAGCAUUGACCAGAUGGAAACACUUGACCGGACCUACGAGAAGAUGGGCUUGGGAGUCCGGCCAGGGUCGGAUUUUAAUCUGUGA